AUGGUAUUUUAUAUUUCCUCCAAGGGUAACCAAAUAAACGACUCCAUUAUAACAAGAUCAGUAAGUUCCAGGAGAGAUUACGUUAACGGUGUCAAAAAAGACGAUUUGAAGUAUAGAAGAAGCGAAGGCAACGGUUUCGUUAUCGGUAGCGGUUUGGCAGUCCGUAACGGAGUCGACCUUCAAAGUGACACCCAUCCUGGUAACGGUAUCCCCACUGAGAGAAGUACCUCCCACCCGGGAAACUCCAUCGACGUGGGGAAAGAGCACAGAGACAUCGAGCACAACUUUUUUAAUUUUAAAAAUGGUAUAAAGAAUUCGCUUGACUUUGGCUUGUUCAUAAAAUUAAAAGACAUUAACAGCCUGUCAAACGAUAACAUCCACGAAAUUAAUGAAUUGCUAAAAAAGGAGAAACAGAAUAAUAGUGAAAAGGAGAGAGAAAGGAGAUCCAGUGCUGAGUCGAAGAAUUCGAAUUACAAGAACAAGCAGCAGUACCAUUUGGAAGAUAGCCAGAAGGAAGAGACAGGACAGGAACAACACAAGACAGAAUCAUCUGCUGUAUCACGGGAGUUAAUACUGAAGUAUCAUCACCACCUCCAACAGGAGCAGCAGAAAGAGAAGCAGAAGAGACAGAUACGACAAGAACGGAAGCAGCGUCAGCAGAAAGGGGAGGACGAUCAGGAGGAAUCCAUUUACGUGAGGAAAUACAACAAAAGGAGGGAGAGAAGAAUCGAACCCUACACCGAGUGGAGCGACUCACGAGCAGGGGGUAGUGCUCCAUGUGGUAAUAGCACAGUACGAGAGAGCAGCGGAACCCGUGACAGUAGAAGCGUAAUUGAGGAUAGCAACCGGCGUGGUAGUAGUGCCCAACGUGAGAACCUCGGGCUGAGGGAUAGCUCCUACAUGCGGAACAUCGAUUACAGCCUUUGGAACAAAACAGGAGAGCGCACCCGAAAUCAAGAACUGAUACAAACAGGUGUUACAACUGAGAAGGAAAAGAGAAAAUACAACAAAAUGAAUAAUAACACAGAUGUUCUUGUUAAUACGGGAAGUAACAACACCUGCGGAGUUAGAAAUGGAGGAAACAUUAGGGGAACUGGGAGCAUGCGAAGUGGAAGCGCGAGAGGCAGUGGAAUGAGGGGAAGCGGCAUGAGAGGAAGUGGAAUGAGAGGUAGUGGUAUCAGAAGUAGUAGCGUCCGAAGCAACAGUGGAAGGGCUGGUGGAAUCAAAAACGGAAACAACGCAAACCAUAGAGGUAGCAACAGUGAGUACUACUCCAGUUACAACUAUAGGUAUGCCUAUGAGGAUAGUAGACAGAGGGAACAAUUAAUUGGAGAAGAAAAUACAAACGUAAAAAAACAAUACGACAAUGUCGUUAACGAGUUUGAUCACAUCGAAAUUGUGAAAAAUCUGUCUGACGAUGAGAAGAACGAACAAAUAGAGGAACAGAUAAAGGAACUGGAGGAACUGGAAGAAAUGGACGUUUUGGAAAGGUACAGGGAUAGAAGGCUAAGUGACGGUUCCUUACGAAUGGGGAAGAACGAUGAAGAGAAAUUUAAAAAAAUCGAAAGAGGAGAUAAAGCGUCAUCAGUAACAAUAUCCCAAGCAGCAGUCGUUGAUAGAACACGCUUAACUAAUCAUGAAAGUGAUAAUUACGAUCAGUAUGAACAACAUAACCUCCUCAAACGGGUGCAUGGAAAUUACCAUCACGUGGAUCAGGACCCAAUCAUUGAUCGAACUGACGCAAUAAACGAAUUAAGCAGAGCACAGUUGUGCCAAGGCAAGUCGGAAAAUGCCAAUGGGGAAGAACGAAAACGAUUUAUCGACGCCAAUGCAUUCAAAAUGGCAUACGAAUGUAAUAACGGUAUUGGUAAGAACGAUGCGGGUAACAAUGGGCAUAUCACUAACGAUCCCAACGGUAACAAUGCUUACAAUGAUGCGGAGAACGGUACGACCAGCCGUACCACCAACGGUACGAAGAACAUUAAGGGAGGAAGGCUGCUAAGAAAUCUGCAGAAGAACAACCUUCUUGCUGAUCACAGAGAAGGAGUUAACAGGGUGUCCAAGAAAUACGCUGCCGAAAUGGGUGCGGCAAAUAAUGUGGUAGUACAUAGAAAGAGGAGGAGAAAAAAUUUGGAUGACAGCAGCAGGUAUGCAGAAAACGAAGGCAUUAACGGAAUGAUCGAGCGGGGUACAGACAGGCAUGACUUUACCAAUGUUAAAUCUGAGAACACUCACGAAGGAAUGACCCCCCCUAAUGAUACUGCAAGAGCUGAGGGGAAGCAUAUCACAAAUCGUUUUGGCAUAUCCCGUAAUGACUGCAACGGGGGGGUUAAGCCUGAUGGAGAUGGAAACCAGGAGCAAGGAUCUACGAACAGCUUCGGCGUUAAAGUUAAAAGGUAUGAGAGGAUUAAUGAGCAUGGCAGCCGUAGGGGACGUGCCGUCUACAUGGCGAGGAAUGCCUUCACCGGUGUAAGUAAAUUGAGGAGGGGCUCCCCUUCCAUGGCGGAUGGAAACUCAAAAGAAUGCGAAAAUUACAAUGCGCAGAGUAACAACGAGUAUGAAACGUAUGACGAAAAUGGCACUGGACAAAAUAACCACAACGGAGCAGCACAGGGAAUGGUGGGUAGCAACCUGGACGAGGCAGACGAUGAGAGAAAUGGAUUGAACAACUCCACCGUCCAAUCAAAAAUAUCUGUAAAAACAGGUGAAGAACCCUCAUUUGGACAUACAAGAGGAGGCAUUAAAAUGAAGGGCCAUCGGCAUAAGAAAAAAGGAAGAGCAUUACAGAGGAUACAUGCAAAUAUGAAUAUCAUAAAAGGAAUGAACAGAAGUAGUGAAGCGAAAUUUCGUCAUUCAACAAAUGCAACUAUGUCCCAUUCGCAAAACCUUGAAAAGAAAGACUUUUUCACAAGUGAACACAGUCAGGAUUAUGCAGUCCCUGACAAAGUAAGAAGUUCGCCGGGGUCACACUUCCAUGGGCACAGUAAUGCGAAGGAGGACUAUGAAGACAGCAACGACAAUGACUACAUGAAUAACGAGAGCAGCUCGCAUAACUACGGGGCUCGAUACAAUGAAGAUUACUCCGAGGAGGAGAACUACGGUGAGCCGAAGAAACGGAAAAAGCGAGUCACCGAGGAAGGCUCCAAGGAGAGCAGCAAAAUCAACGUAGGGAACAACUACCAAGUGCCCAAGCUGCCGAAUUUCUUCCUCUGCCGCUCAGAACUAAUGUACAGAAAUUACGAAGCGGUGGAGGAAACAAAUAACGAUCAGGUCUGCCUGACAUGUUCAGGCCUGCCUUGUCAUUGCCGAGUAGGAGAAGCGACGUUAGUAUAUUCACCAGUAAUGUUAGAAAGGGUUCGAGACAAAUGCUUGAAGAGCAGAGGUUACCAUAAAUGCAUAAAAAAUGAAAUCGAAUUAUCUGCAUAUGUUCAGGAGUGUGCAAAAAGCUGGAAGUCAAAUAUAGACGAAUGGGUCCCUUUUUCACCUGAGUAUGCAUAUAAAUUAUUGCAUUACGCAAAUUACGAUCCACAUAAAGCUAUUAGCAUUAUGAAGUCCUCGGAAUUUUCCUUUCGAAAAAUUAUGGACCCUCCGACGAGAAAAUAUCAGAACAAAUGGAAGCCAAAGGAUAAGCGGGAACAUAUUUCCAAGAACCCCUUCCCGUCUCCCCUAACUAUAAGGACGUACCUGUCGAAGAGGCACCACAUUAGUGGCUACCACCUGAGAUGA